CCAACCCGGAAGUAAAUAUAUUUCGAUAAUUUUGUUGCAAAUAAUUUCAUGUUUGGCAGAUAAUUGCAAAUUUUCUGAUUAUCUGACUGGAUCAAAUGUGAUGAACAUCUGACUAAGAAUAUAGGUGCUUCGUUUGAACAAAUCUGAGACCAUGGAAGAAAUGCCAAACGGUCCAGGUGUGCUCGAAAAAAGGGAACUUCUGUCCUCUGAAGUUUUCAUCAAGACCUUGGCAGAUUUUGUUGAUAAAAAUGACGUUCGAACGAUGGUGGAUGACCAGAGACACAUGUUGAGUCGAUUUGAGAAAACCAAUGAAAUGCUACUGAAUUUCAAUGUCCUGUCAGCCAACCGGUAUGCAGCCUCUGUACAGGAGUUCAAAAAGCAUACUCAACUUCUACUAGACAUGAAGAAAGAUCUUGACUCUAUAUUUAGAAGAAUCAGAAAUCUAAAACAGACUUUGAGUAAACAAUACCCAAAGGCGUUCAAUGCAUGCGGUGAAGUGUAUGAUGUCAUGGAGUUGGCCGAAGACGAAGAGAUUAUUGUCAGCAUUCCUGUCCCAACGAGUCCUGCUUUGGUCAAAGGCGAGAGUACUCAAUCAAUGGAAAACGAACCUGGACUUGGAGUGGAGGCUGAUUCGGGACUAGUGCAAUCGAAAACUUCAGGAAGAGAGGCAAAGGACUCAGACUCGAAAGAGGAAACUUUGAAAACAAAGUCUUGACAUCCGUUGAUGGAGUGAGGACAGGAUCCUUUUAGAUGAAGGUGCAUUUAAUAUUGAAGUGAGACUUAACGAGAAAUUUUUCAAUUCAUUUGAAUCAGGCUUGCAGUUGCAGAUUCAGUGGAGAUUUAGAUCAUAUAGCUUUGGACAGAUUCACAAACAUGAAGUGUGAGUUAGACUUCGAGAACAGAAGUACUGUGUUCAAACCCGCUGCCUUUUCUGUGUUACACCAGGGGAACUGAAUUAUGCGCUCUUGAAAUAUGGACGUGUCCUGCAAGUAGAUUAAUCUGGAGAAACUUAAAGAAUAUUUAUUUGUCUAUAGCCAUGUGUGUUGAUCCAUUGUUGUCAAAUAAAAGGGAAUAGCAAUUUUGGUCUAGGCUUCUUUAUGUCUAACAAUCAUGCAUCACCAAAACCCCCAGUGGCCAAACACCAAACAGUCGAGCCACCAACCACGCUUGAAAGAUCAUAGACCUCUAUCCAUCAGCUGCAUGCUCUCGCUUGACUGCACAGACAACCAAUCGAUUGGUUAGACAGGUCACGAGGUCGCUCUUGUGAAAAGACAAAGAGAAAUAUAUAUUCGUAGCAGGUUUUAACUCGGGACAUUUGGUACUUGAUCCUUACCUUUGUCUCCACUGUGCCACAAAGCCUUCGUUAGUGGACAAGGCUACAAACGAGUGGUUUACAUGGUUCACAUAUGUUUUAGAUAUAUUGAAACUACAUGUAAAUUUAACUCGAGAAAGUACAAGACUUGUCCACGGCUGGGAGGGUGUGGACCUCGAAAAAAGAAGUCCCGGGUUUGAACCUGCAAGGCUUUCUGUUUUAUAUUUCAACAGAACACCUCUUGACCUUCUCAUCAAUGAACUUGCUGUUUGCGUAAUCAAGUGAGACCAGUCACGGAGUGUCCAUCAUGUUCCAUGUGCUUUUUGGUCUUUUGCUGGUUGGACAUGUGUCUUUUCUAACUUUACCACUGGGGGUUUUAUGUCAGCUUUAACUUCGGGAAUAAAAAGGUACGAAAUACAAUAGUUAAAACUUUGUCUAUGUCUGUAUUGUCGGAAUUAUUCAUCAUUCUGUAUCUCGGUAAAUGUCACCAAAAACUCUUGAUGUUAGUUUGUUCUUUUGUAGAGUAAUUGAUAUGAAGUUUCUUGUCAGUGAAAUUAGUAAUUACUGUUUGGUAAUAGAGCAUUUAAUCAGUCAUCUUUAACAGCGUCCACAAGGUUUGAAGUCAGAUUUAAAGUCAUCAGAAUAGAAUUUGGUAGUGAUGGUCAUAGACGAAAUAAGUAGGCUCUACCAUUCAAUCCUUUCCUGAUAAUUUCUGACAUUUGUGUGUAAGAUAAGUGAAUUGAUGUCUAAAGUCACAAUUAUGCAGUAACUUGAGAAACCAUGACAUUUCUCCAUGUCGAAUCCAAGGUGGCUGCCAGCUGGGCUGGUGGACCUACUUAUUUCAUUUAUGACUGACUGACUGGCUUUGAUUUUGAAGACUGUAAACACUGGACACUGUUUAGAUGACCCCAUUUUAUCAGUGAAAUUACUUGUGUGAAUUUAUCAGUACGUUUCUUGGUGUAGUGUUGCAUCAUCAAGUUGUCAUGGCAUUAAAAUUAAUAGAAACAAA